AACGGCGCAGAGUCUACUGUAGCACGCACUGAGAAGAGAGUAUAUAACGUACGACAAAUUGACUUUUAUAUUAUAUAUAGUUUUGUAAAAAAGAAAGAAAUAUAUUCUUAACGGUGGACUGGCGCAUGCGAUAAAUUUAAAGGCUUCACAAUGAAGUACGCCCUGUUGGUUUUUUUUGCCGCUGGGACAUUAGCAGCACCGUUUUUGGUACUAAAUGACAACCUACCUGGUUUGGUGAUUAAAGAAGUUGGCUGCUCUGGAUCACGAUUCAGACAAGGCCAAACAUACUCCUAUGACUAUGCUGGAGAAACUCUUAACAACGUUGAAGGAUCUUCGAAGCAAAAAACGGGUCUGCAGUUGAGGGCCCGUAUUUUCAUUACACCCUUGUCGGAAUGUAAAUUUUCCAUGAGUCUGGGUGGAGCUGAACUCCUUUCAAAGGACAGAACCCAAGCAGGUUUUGUUAAAACAGCUGAAUCAGCAAAGUUUAAACAAGAACUUGAAAAAAAUGAGUUGCUCUUUACUAUGAACGGCAACAAAAUUCACUCCUUGCUCCCCCACAACACGGAACCAACACACAUUCUUAACAUCAAGCGAGCUAUGCUUAGCGCAUUCCAAAUUGAUGAAACAUCCGGCAUGGAAACAGACGUCAAUGGUAUUUGCCAAGCAACUGUCGAAUCGGUAAAAGGAAAACUUGUCAAGACAAAGAAACUCACAGACUGCUCUGUACGUGGUGUGAAUGAAAUUGGUAUCCAAACGGCAACAAUCAAAACACAGUCAUCUUUGAAACCUUUAGAUUCCAACAGCAAGUGUGAUUACGUAAUGGAAGAUAACCUGAUCAAAUCUGUGAGUUGCAAAGAAACCCACCUCUUUAGACCAUUUUCUGCUGGCUAUGAAAGUCCAUCUGGUGCCAUGACAUUUGUCAAUCAGGAAUUAAAGUUCGUCAAAUAUCAACCAGUUAUGGACGUAAAGAUGACUGCUGCCAACUAUGGAAAGGAAACCUCAAUCGUAUUUGACUACUCAACCGAAGAAUUAUCGUUGUCCAACACUGUUGAUGAACAUGUUGAUCAAAUCAUGGAUCGACUUGUCAAGAAAGGGGACCUCUCAGCUAAACAACAUUCAGCACAUGAGUUCACUUCACUUGUUUUCUUGCUACGUAAAAUGGACCAAAAGCGUAUGAAACCAAUCUGGACCAAAUACUUUGAGAGCGAAGAUCGUGACUUGAAAGAUGUUUACAGACAAUACCUUUUGGAUGCUGUUGCAUACUGUGGCACAUCAACUUGUGUCUCCAUGGUUCGAAAUGUCAUCAUCGAAGGAAAAGUCAGUGGUGAGCGAAUGAACAUGUUCUUGCAGAGUAUUGCGUUGGUUGGAAAAACAACAAAGGAAAUGAUUUCCAAUGUAUUGGAGAUUUUAAAGAAGCAACCAUCGCGACAAGCUUAUCUAACACUGGGUACGCUUAUGUCAAGACAUUGCGGAAGUCUCCCUGAAGAAUGUGUCUUUGGUAAUAAAAAUCCUAUCACCGAAGCUGAAAGGUACUUGGAGAAGAAGCUCAAAACUCAAUGCGAAGGACAAAAAGAUCAUGAACGUGUUGAAGAAAUUUUGAUGGUGCUGAAAGCAAUUGGAAAUGCUAAACGACCAAUUCGUGUGAGAUCAACUCUCAUUCGUUGUGCUAAAAAUGCAAAACACGCCAACAUCACCAGAGCUGCUUUUGAUGCUUUCCGUGGAAUGCCCUGCGAUGGAGCUCAUACUGAUGACAUCAUGAAAGUUCUCGUUAAUGAAGUUGUAGAUCCAGAAAUUCGCAUCCACUCUUUCAUCGCUUUAAUGAAGUGCCCGUCUGAAAGUGUCCUUGCGCAUGUCAUUCGUGCCCUUGAGACUGAGCAAAGUAGACAAGUGGCAUCUUUCAUGUGGUCUCACUUAACCAACAUCAUGGAAUCAAGCGACCCUAAAAAUAGAGAAGCAAGAAACAUCUUAGAGCUUAUGACCAAAACCACUCCCUUGAGAAAAAUGGAUCUGCCAAUUCAUCAAUUUUCACGAUCCUAUGAGAAAUCUAUUCACUUGGAGUCCUUGGAAAGUGGUGCAACUGCUGAAGGUCAUGUUAUCUUCCACCCCGACGGUUACUUACCCAAAAGUGCAUUAUUCAACUUAACUGCACAGGUUAUGGGAGUACCAGUACCCAUUGUCGAAGCUAUUGUUGGAAUGGACGGUAUGGAAGCAGUCAUGGAAAAUGUAUUUGGACCAGAUGGCAUCUUGGAAGAUAACUUUGUCUUUAAAAUCUUUAACACAACUUAUACUGCUGACAAAAUUCGUGAGUUCGCCCUUAAACGCGAAAAUACAAACCAAAGAACACGACGAAAUGUUAACGACAACUUAAACAAAGUGCACAACAAAGUCAACAUGAAAUCGCCAACACCAACUGGACACUUUUCCGUUAAAAUUAUGGGUCAAGAAGUUCGUGUUAUGAGCUACGAUGAUAUCUACUGGAUGAUUAACAAAAUUGAUGACAUGAAUGUAAUCCAACUGAUGAAUUUCGCUGCAACAGGUGGACACAAGACGUUCAGUAAAAGCAUGAUGUUCUUGGAAAUGACACACACAGUACCAACUGGUCUUGGUUUGCCAUUAAAGUUAAAACUUGUUGGAUCAACUGUUGCUACCGUUGAACUUGAUGGUAAAUUUGACAUUAGAAACAUGUUCUGGGGACGUGGAGGUAUUCAAGUCAAUGGAUAUGUUAAACCAAGUGCAGUUGUUGAACUAUCAGGACAGAUGGGAAUUGAGAGUCACUUUGUGUCAUCUGGUGUCUUUGUCAAUUCAUCCAUGUUUGUGUCAAACAUGAUCAAGGGCAGUGUUCUGUAUCGUGAAGGACAAAAACUUAAAAUCAAUUUAGACACCCCUGAAGAGCCAAUUCAACUUUUUAAUUUCUCAUCAACGCCUUUUACCUACAUCAAUGAAAAAACUGAUUUGAUAGAAGGUACUCCACGAAAAAUCAAUCCAGAUGUUUGCCUUAAAUCUAAGUUGAUUGGGUAUGGUUUGUGCACAAGCGUCAGACUUCCAGUUGCCUUCCGUGAAUAUGAAGCACCAUACUUUCCACUAUCUGGUCCAGCUCACUUCGGCAUGAAAUUGGUUCGUGGUGAUGAAAAAUUGACAACAUGGCAAUUUUUAGUUGCUAUGACAAAAAAGAAGACCGUUACAACUGGUAAAAUUGAAUUUAGCACACCAGGAGCAGCAUAUGAAAGAAAACUUAAUGGUAAAAUGGUGUACUCUGACGUGGAUUACACCAGAUCAUUACAACUGUCAACAGAGAGGUAUGGCAAACGCGCAGAAAUCAACUUCAGUUACGAUACCCUCGCAAGAGGAGCAGCCAUCGAAACUAAAAACAACUUCCUUACUCCAAAGGAUUUCAUGACAAAACUUGAGUACUUUAACAGAGGCAACAUGGUGAGUCAACACUAUGGCGUAUCUUUCACAACUGAAUACGACUGGUACAAAUUCGAACACGUCACCAAAUACGUGCGAAAAGCAACUGGACAUAUGCUUCACUCAUCAACGAUGUAUUACCCAAAAAAAUCUGUCACUGGUGUGUUAGAAUACAACACAAAAGAUCAAAAGAUGACUGCCAGCUUAAAUGCUGACCAGUUGAAACAAGCUGUUGAAGUCAGUGGACAAUGGGAAAAUGAGAGCACUAAGAAAGGACUUAGACUUGUUGCAACCCAUAUAUCAAGUGGAAAAUCAGCCUCACUCUAUGGCGGAAUCGUCAACAAAGACAAAACUAAAGAACUGAUCACAACUGUCAACAUUUUGGGAAAAUCAGCUUCAAAUGUGCUUGGCUACUACGACAGGAAUGGAAAAAAAUCAAUUGAAAAUGUUUUAAUGGUAAAUGACAAGAAAGCAGAUUUUAGUGCCACAUUCCAAAACGCAAAGAGCGAGAAGGUCCUGGUCUUAAAUGUCAAUGUUUUGGAAAGAAAUGCAAACUCCAAAUUCUCUUUAACCAACACCAAAGUCGAGAAAAGUGUAAAAGUGGUAGUCAAUGUCGCAGGAAAGACAGCUGAAAGCAAAUUUGGUAUCUACAACAAAGACGACACCAAAACAGUUAAAAUCAAUUUCAAUAUCAAUGAACGCAAAGGCGAAGUUUUCGUAAAUGUCUACACAGCUGAAGGAUACAGAACAACAGUUGGAGCCGCUUACGGUAAAUAUAUUGCUGGAGUUCGUGGAGUAUACACAAACAACCAUGGACAUGGUAAGAGUCUCUGCUCAAGCGCAUACUAUGGUACCACUGACUCCGAAAAAGAACCCGUUUUAGUUUGUACUAAGUAUCAUUCUUUGGGCUCAAGAUACAUCCAUAAACGUCUCUCAUUCAGCGUCAAGCUGAAUGGUAUGGAUAAGACGUAUGAACUGGUCAAUGAUUACGAACAACACACUGGUCACAUUAACCUGAAAUCACAAGUGAAAUACAACGAUAAGGUGAAAGCCAAGAAUACUUACGAUUUGCAGUACAAGGAUUACAGUAAUGUGGAAUUGAAAAUGGACUUGGAAGCUGGGAAAUACAAAGCUGGAUGGAAGGUAUUCAGCCAAGCUGUUAACAGUGCAACAAACAUGGGACUAGAAGGUUACGUCAUGGACAAGACUAUCCUUUUCACGAACAAAUAUGAAAGAACUGGUGUUGAUGGUAGCAACAAAAUAGAAUUAACAUCAGAACUUGUCAUCAAUGGCAAGACAUUACCAGUCAGCACAAAAUUCGGCUACAUAUACGGUGGUGGCAAAAACGGACCAAUGGCUAAGCUAAUUGUAGGAAAGUAUGUUUUUGGAUAUACCACUGUUGUUGAGUACAGUAAAUCCAAAUAUGGUUAUGUAUCGGAAGUUGUGGCUUCAAAAAAUACUAAAAGUUUGGUGAAAUUAUAUCAACAAGCUUCAUUCACAAACGGGAAAGACGUGAAAGAGCUAAUCCAUAAAUUUGGCGUUUCUACCCUUGGAAAAACUUAUGAAUACGGCUGGGAGGCUGCUUAUGAAAAUCGAGGAACAGCCAGCAAGACAGCACAUGCUUUGACCUUCCGUAUACAGUAUGCUACAACAAGAAAAUCUUCGAUCACAUUUACCAUCGCCAAUGGCAAAAGAACAGCUGAAAUCAUUGCUGAUUGGGAAUACAUUCCAACAAAACAUGUGUCUCAUUCAAUGCGGUACACCAAAAAAAAUCGUCAAUUAGACAUUUCCAUUGAAUUCUUACCAAAGAUGUUUGCUACCUUCACAGCCAGAGUUGACAAAAACAAAGGAUAUAGUUUAACAACCGAUAUGGGGAUCAAAUGGCAGAACUACAAAAGAUCUCUAACAGCCACAAACACGUACAAAAACACCAACAAUCAAUUAGAAUUCUCCACAUCAAUGGGAAAAGACAUCAAUUUUGCAAUCAUUUUCAGCAAAACAAAUCCAAAAACUGUUAAACUUGUUGCUCAAGUGUUCAAAUACAAUGGAAAGAUUGUUGGAUUGAUGACACGAAGAAAUGUACAACUUCGAUUGAUCUACAACAGAAAAAUGCUGUUUAACAUCCUCGGCGACUACAAUAAAGCAACAAGAGGAUUGAUCUUCUCCGUUUCCAGCGCACAAAAAACCUUUUUCAAAAUAUCUGGUGAUUACAACAGCUUUUUUAAAAAAGUCACAUUGGCUGUUUCUGGUUUUGGAUCACAAUGGUUUGAAGUUAGCGGAAGAUACGCGAAGAAAGAGAGCAUGGUUGUUUUUAACGUCUUAUCAAUGAAAAAACAAAUUUUCAAAGCAAUUGCAAAGAAAGGAGUAAAUUCAGCUUCUUUGAAGUUAGUGUCUCCACAACUGAAACGCGACAUCACUUUUGCUGGAAAAAUCAAUCGCAGAGUCAAAUCAGUUACUAUCUCAGCUGAAACAGCAGGAAACAUUGUAGGAACCACUCUUCGAGCUGACUGGAAAAAUCUUGCAAUUGGAGCACAAGGAUUCUACAACAAAUUCACAUCAGGUUGGGAAGCAUUUGUUGAGAAACAUGCCAUUGUCUACAAGAUGAGCUUUACACCCAAUGUAUUUGCUCAAGUGAUCUUUGAGGUUCAAGACGACAGUAUUUUGAGAAUGACAGUUCAGCGUUCGCUUAACAACAAUAUCGUCAACGAAACAUCUUUCCAGUAUACCUUAUCUAAAGGCAUGUGCCAAUUUGCUUUCAACUGGAAUGCUAAUACCAUCCAGAAAAUCAUCGGUGUCUUCAGACCAGUCAUCAAAACGACAAUGGAAGAAGUUGAGAAAUUAUCCAAUCAAAUCUUCCAAACAUCACGAAGACUUACAAAGAGAGCCGCAGAUGACUCACAAAAAGCGAUUUUGAGUGUCUUAAGAAAUGUCGACAAAACAUUUGACGAGUUCGAUUUUAUUGAUGCAAGAAACAAAGUCGGGGAAGUUACAGUUGAUGCUUUAAGAAAAAUGUCAACAAUGAUCAGAAGCUGUUUGAAAGCAAUGGCCAAGGAGUUGAGCAAUGUCGCCAAAAAUGUCCCUGAAUUCAUCCACAAAGGCAAAGAAUUGGUACACAAAGGUAAAGAAAUUGCCAGAGAAGCUAAAAAACUUAUGAAGAACUUCCAGAGAGAACUAAAAAAGAACUUCAACGAACUAAGCCAACUUGCAGUAAAAGUAGCAACUAACUUGACAGAAUCUACAAGACCCGUUGUCAACAAAGCUAUUCAGUUGGUCAAGGACUUCAAAUUUAGAGGCAAACCAAUGAAAGAAAUUGUUGUCAUCAUUACCAACAAGGGAAAAGAAUACAUUGCAUUCUACACAAAAGAAGCAAACCUCAAAUUUGCAGAAUUCAAAACAAAGGCAAUGACACAUGGAGCUAAAGUUAAAGAUGACAUUCUAAAAAUGACAAUACCAUACACAAAAAAGAAUGUUGAACAGGUUGUUGAAAUCAUCAAGUCUAAAAUAUCCGAACUUAAGACCAAGCUUAAUAGCAUUGAAGUCGAACAAAUGAUGAAAGAUGCUCGUGUCAAAGUUAUGAAUUACAAAGUGCAAGGAAAGCCGCUCAAGAAACACCUAGUCGUCAUUAAAGAAAGUUUCAACAAACUUCCAAAAACAACACGCAAAGCAAUGUUAGAUCUGAUCAAACUGGUACGCACCUACUCAAAUAUUGUCGACGUUAAAUUUGGCAAAGCCUUCAACGAGGUUGCUAAAUUCGCUGAACCAUUAACUGACUAUGUUACCAUUGUUGGCAAAUCACUUGACAAGCAUUUCGGCCCUGUGUUGAAUCUUGCUGUACAACAAGUAAAAGGAAGAAUUGCUUUGAUUAGAAUUCCAUCAGUUCGACCAUACUUCAUGAAGCAAUUGGCCAAAAUCGAAGCAUUCUUGUUACCCCUAGUGAAGCCACUAACUCCCUUGUACAACAACAUAAAGCAACAAAUUAGAAACAUCGAUGUUUUAGGGUUCAAGCUUGGAACAUUUACAGAUUUGCAGAAAGAUAUCAUUAAAGCAUACAUAAACGAGUACACCGCUGCUUCGUUAAAAUCGAUGAAUACUAAGAUCGAAAAAGUGAACACCAUCCUUGACAGAAUGCUUGAAAUGACUCCUGAGCAAAUGGUCGACAAGUUCUUUGAUUCUGCAACUGAUAUGAGCACGGAGGCUGUUGCUUACGUCACGAAGAUAUACAAGGACAGAAAGACAUUGAUCACAAACAUUCGUAGAGAAAUUAAUGCUGUUUACGAUGGCUUAAUGCAAGAACAAAGAAGACUCAGAUCAAAAUCAUUUGAAGAACAUAUGGAGACUUUGAUUCACACCUCAUCAGAAAUCAUCACGUUGUAUGCUGAAGAACUUUCCAGUACUUUGAAACAACUGUCUAAUUUGGAUAUUGCAGGACCAACAUGGAAGGCAUGGAAAGAUGCUGAUCUUCUGAACCACCUUGCCAAGUAUGGAGUAAACAAAAGGCUUAGCGAUCUUAUCAAAACUGCCAAAAGUAUAAGCCUUGAAAAGUCUGCUAUCGACUCUGUUAAAAUGGUAAAGCAACUUAUCGAUGAUAUUUACUCGCAAUUAUUUGUUACAGCUAUCCAAACGUAUGCUAAAAUUGAAAACGCCUAUGACUACAUCCGCUCUAUUCCAAAGAAGGAAUAUGAGCAAUGGUUUUUGGAAUUGAAAAAAUUUGCCCUAUCAAACAAAGAGAAUUUCGUCAGCUACAUUACAAAAAUGCACAAAGUCUCAACAAAACGUGCCACAGAAAUCUACAACAUGGCGGCAGAAAUGAGUAAAGUUAACUACAACAAAAUCUACAGCAGAAUCUACAAAGAAGUUGUAAAUCCAGCUCAACAAUGGUAUACUGUUAUAUCAGACAAAUCUAUCCUAGUCUAUAAAGACCUUAAGCAACCAACCAUUGAUGUAUAUGUCCACUACAAGGACAUUGCUGUUAAGUUCGGAAACAAAUACUAUGGCGUUGUCAAGUCUAAAGUAACAAAGGAAGCAAAGAAAAUCUAUGGCGAAUUGAAAUCAAAGAUUGUUGCAUUGCAAAGCAAAAUGGAAAAGGAGUAUGAAAAGUUCUUAGCUAAAUAUGGUGAUCUAUCAUGGGAAGAAGUUGGUGAGAAGGUCUACAAAUAUGGACAAGACAAAACAAACAGGAUGAUGAAAGUAUCCAAAGUGAAGUACAACAAAUUGGCGAAACUGAUGAAAAAAUACCAAGAAAAGGCUCUUAGGAUGUACAAGAAAACUCUCGCUGUAUGUAAAAAAUACAUCAAGCAAGCUGAAGACAAAUACAACGAGAUCAAACCAAAAGCUAUUAAGAUGUACAAAAAAUACGAAGCAAUGGGACGAAAAGAGGUAAAAAAAUACAUGUCAAAGGCUAAAGAUUUAUACGUCCAAGUAAAAACUAGAGCUACUAAGGUGUACAAUGACAACAAGGACAAAACUUUAAUGGUAAUCUAUGUAGAAAUCAAAACAUUGAUAGUUAACCAAAUUAAAGCCAAGUACGCUCAAGCUGAGACAAUGGUAAACAAGAACAUCGCAAAAGUGACAGAUUUGACCACUAAAUAUUACACCAAGGCUGAUAUCUUAUUGAAAACAGUUAUCUUACCAGAAUUAAAAGUGGAAAGUGAAUCUAUCAUUAACCAAACACUUCGUGGUUCAGUUGAAUUAGCUGAAGAGAUUGUGAAAGCCUAUUACCCACACUACAUCUUGGCUGUUGAAUCAGGAAGCGAAGCUAUUGUUGUUUUGAAGGAGAAGGUAAUGACUGCUCUCGAAAAAUCAUCGGUAGCUGCUAAAGAAAACAUGGAUAAAUUAUCUAAAGCAUUGAAAGAAUUGCAGGAUAAGAUUCAGAAACAUGAACUCUACAAAAAUGUGGUCAACCACAAAUAUCUUGUUAAAACUGUCCGGAAAAUCAGAGAGCUCGUCAAGUUGGUCCAAAAUAAGAUCGAGGAGCUUAAAUCUCAUCCAACCACAAGGAAACACAUGAAAGCAGCCAAUGAAAAGAUUGCAGAAUACAAAGCAAAACUCGGUAAAUACCAAGCCAAGUUGGAAAAAUACUACAAUGAGUACUCUAAACAUCCACAAGUCACCAAGGCUUUGAAAACUCUGAAACAAAUGAAGAAGAGCGGAAUGUUCACCAUCAACCAAGUCUCUAGGAAAGUCGGCCCACAUUUUGAUGCUUCAAAGAAGAGUGUUGAAGAUUUCGUCAAAAUGGUACCAAUUCAAAUUUCAGACAAAUUUGCAGCGUUUAGAAAAAACCCUGAAGAAACAUUCUGGAAAGCAGUUUCUGCUAUUACCCUAAUCACUCAGGAUUUCAUUAAUGAACUCAAAAAGGUGGAUAGAACGUUGAUCAAAGAAAAGUCUAAAGCAUACUUAGAUAUGGCAACAAAAUAUAGUAAGAUGAUACUUGAUGAGUGCACAGAUAAAUGGACUAAAGAAACCUGCAAACAGAUUUACAACGAUGCAGUUGAAAAUAUCAACAUGGCCAAAAACAAGAUGAUGAAACUCCCAUCGGAACUGAAACAGAUGUUAAAGAAAGCGUACAACGAACGUGUUGCCAAACUUACAAAAAUGAUGAAGGACAAUCACAAAUACCUUAAACAUCAAUGGAGUGAAUGUCCAAUUAAGGCUUUCGUUGACAAUCAGUUAUGGCAGGAAAUUGCAGAUGAAGUAAUGGCACAUGAACUUGUAGAUUUAUCAAAGACCGUCUCUGUAAUGACCAAAGGCAAGAUCAUUGAACUAAAAGACUUAGCAUUGAAGGAAUUGGCAAAACAAAAGGUCGCCAUUGAAGCAAAGGCCAAAGAACUAAUGUCCAAAGCAUCAGAUAAAUACGACGAACUGAAAGAGAAAGCAAUCAAGAAAUACGAACAACUUGUUCUGAAAUAUAAACAGAUGGUAAAGAAAUCCUUGAAAUUCUUAGAGGAAACAACUGUAGCUGAUAUCGUUGCAUUCACUGUCAAGACAUACAAACAGGCUAUUAAAAAAGUUGAAGAGACAAAAUUAAAACUGAUGAAACUAAAAACCAAAUAUAUUGCUGAAGCAAAGGUAUUGUACGCAAAAUAUGAAGCCAAAGCUAAAGAAACGUACACUAAAUUGUACAAACAGGGAAAGAAAUUGGUUUUAAAACUUAAAGGAAAGGUUACACCACAUUACAAGAAAUAUCGCGCUCAAGCUGAGAAAUUGUACAAAAAGUACUAUCCCAUUGUUGCUAAAAAUUACGCUGACUAUUAUAAAAAGGCUGAACUUAAGUACAAGGAAUUAUCAGUAAAGACUGUCGAACUUUUCAACGAAUACAAAACCAAGGUAUGCAAUUUCAUCAAGAAGACCAAAGCAGAUUCAUACAAAAAAUGGAUGGAUUCUGAAGUUAGAGCUAGAAUGAUUGUGCUGAAGAAAAUGACCAUUCGUGAAACUAUUGAAGCUUUGAAAAAGUUGCCCAAGCAAACUAAAGUCUUCGCGAUCGCAACGUACAACAAAUACUACAAAUUAGCAUCUGAAAAAAUCCAACAAGAAUACGCAAAAUUAAUGCAGAAGUAUUUGGUAAAGCGAACGCAAUUGAUCAAAAUGGCUAAACCUUACACCGAACCGACAUACAUGGCCCUUAAAUGGAUUGAAAAUGAAAUCACAGAAACUGCAGUUUUUCUGUACAAAUACCACCACAUGAAACAAAGAUACAACAUGGCAAGAGAUUACAUCACCAAAGAAUACAAAAGAAUUGUCCCAUUGGUUUCAGUAGCCGCUAAGAAAUACGCUAAACAAUACAAGGAAUUAGCUGUCAAAUACGCUAAAGAAUACUCAGUCAUUGUCAAAAAAUCUGCCAAAGAAUUUGCCAUCACUGCCGGUGACAAAACAUUGAGAGGCAUUCACUCAACUAUGCGAUACAUUGACAAUAUUGAUGUUAAAGCAAUGCAAGCCAAGACGCGUGCCUAUUUCACAAUGAUCAACAAAUACAUCUCUAUUGACUCCACUAAAGGAGAAAUCAUUGUCUCCAUUCCUUGUGGUAUCACCACGCCAAAAUUUAGCCAUCACAUUCGAAAAGUUCAAAACAAAGUUCGCCGAUCUGUUGACAACAUCAAGCAACAAGGUCAACACACAAUGGAUAAGAUCAAGACUGAAUUAGCUAAACUAAAGGUGAAAGUGCAACAGUUAAGGGAUCAAAUCAGAAACCAAGUCAUGGAAAAUACAGUCGAGUUACGUCAAGAUAUGCAAGUCAGUUACAAACUAAACAAGAAAAUCGCUGAACGUGUCUACUUCCGUCUUAAAAUUGCUGCACAAAAGGGAUACAAGGUUGCUGUUGCAAAAUACAAUGUUUACAAGAAAUCAGCAGAGAAGAUGUUGGCAAAUGCUAAAGUUCGUUCUGAAAUUAUGUACAAGAAGUUCUUGAAAUCCUACCGAGCAGCUUAUUUAAAAGCUAGCGAGAUCCUUUUAGACAUUUACAGAGCAGGUAUCUACAAAAUGCACAAACGUAUUGCUUUCCACUCCAAAAAAUACUUCACUUUGGCUAGAAAAGAAUCUGCAGAACUUUACAACCAAUACAAACCAAUUGUCAAGUCUUUGGCCAAGAAAUACUACAACAUCAUGAAAGUAAAAGCAAAACAAGCCAAGAAAGAGAUAGAACCAUACUAUCAAUCUGUAAAGAAAGGAUUUGUAAGUGUCUCCAAAGGACAGUGUAUUAAGGAUGCCUUCUACCCACUUUACCGUGAAAUGAAUUUCAUUUACAAAACCUACAAACACAAGGGACUUAAAGAAAUUGAAAGCAUGAAGAGACGUGUAUGUAAAGCUGAUCCUAAAUUGUGUCAACAUGUCAAAGAAUCAAUGAAGGUGCAUAAGGCUAUGUUUGAUAAAUAUUCCGUUCGGGUUACCAACAUCAUUGACGCUGGAAAAGCACAUAUUUACCGUGCUAUGAGAAAAACAAGCCAUAUUGUCGCAAAAAAGACCGAAAUGACUUCUUCAAGAUACAACGCUGUUGCCAUGAUCUUUGGAAACAAACGAAUCUUGUCUUUUGACAACAAAUUCUACAACUUCUUGACCAACAAGAACGCUGAUUGUCAAUACCUUCUUGCACACGACUUUGCUAACGACAAAUUCUCACUCAUCAGUCAGAAAGACGCCAUCCUUAUCAAAACCCAAGAAAUGGAAGUAAAGAUCAAAUCAAACGGAAAAAUUAGAGCAACAAUCGCUAAGAAAAAUAUCUUUAGCCUACCAGUUGAAUCCAAAUCAGGAAAAUGCAUGCGAAAACAAUCUAUCGUUAUCUGUCACUUCGUUGAAGAGAAAUUUAAAGUCGUGGUUGACUUGAAAUACUUUGUCACCACAGUCAGCAUGAGUGGAUGGCACUAUGGUAAAUCAAGAGGUCUCUUGGGAACCAACAACCGUGAAUCCUACGAUGACUGGAAGUUACCUAAUGGACGUAUGGCUAAGAACAUUUACAAUUUCCAAAAUGCAUAUGAAAUCACAGGAAAAGGCAAAUGUCAACUCAACCAAAAGAAAAUUGACACGCCAUCUUGCACAAAAACUCCUUCUGCAAAAUGCAGCGAAAUCUUUAAGCAAGAUUCAUCCGCAUACGCUCAUUUGUUUAAGAAUGUUGACCCAGAACCUUUCCGAAGAGCUUGUGAAUUAGAAACAGCUGACUGCGACAACAAAGCUAGCAAAGAUACAGUCCACUGUAGCUCAGUUGCUGCUUACGUUUCAAUGUCAAGAGCAAGAGGAUACUGGGCACGUCACCUACCAGAAUGCAUGUCUGUCGAAUCUCAUUCUAUUGGUGACGAAUGGACACAGAAACCAAUCAAAAAAGCCGUCGAUGUCGUUGUUAUGGUGUCGCAGCAAAAGAACGUAUUCGCAUCUCGUGGACAAGUUGCAAAACUAAUAGGAAACUUGAACAAGAAAUUCAAAAACUCGGGUUACAAAACACGCUAUGCCUUAAUUGGAUUUGGUGGUGCUGGAAUCCAUGAGAAAGCUCAUUCCCACCCAUUGGGCACAGGACACGACGUUUUUGGAAAUGCGCAAGAAUUAACUACUGAAAUUAAAGCAAUGCCCUACAAAGGCACAGCGAAGAACACCAACGACGGGUAUCACGCUAUUUUAGCCGGAUCAAGACUUCGAUUCCGACCUGGAGCAAGCAAGGUAUUCAUCCUCUACAAUACAGAACCACACAGUUCUCAUGAGCACGGACCAGCAUUUGAUGAAGCUAUCUAUGCUCUAAACAAGGAAGUAGAUGCUACUUUAUUUGCUUUCGACAAGUUCGAAUUCAAGAAUAUCCGAGGAGCUGGAAAAGUGAUUGGCCAAACAACCAACAAACUGUACACCACAAAACGCAUUAAAGGACUUCCUCAACGCAAUUUGGACUUCCCUACAUCUGAAUUCACAGCUAUGGCGGAAGCAUCUAACGGAGGGUGGUUUUCGAGCCGUGUUAAGUCUCCCAGACAUGUCGCUACUUCUUUAUACGACGCAAUCACUUACCGAUUAAGAAUUGAUAGCGAAUUUUGCCAACAAUGCCGAAUUGAGACAUCAUGGACUGGAAUCUCGCGUGCUCUUUGCCAUACUCAAAAAGAGUUGAAGUGUUAAAACAAAAACCUGGACUCGUCUAACUUAAAUCUGUGUUAUUUUUCUUAGAUUGUACUAACUUUAUACCCUAUUAUAUAUUGACAUUUUGAUCGAA